AAUGCAACUCUGCACAUACUUUGUGCGUGUGUGCAUGAAAAAAAUUCUGAAUUACCAGGACUUUGUUUACAAAAAAUUGUGAAUUAUAUUUGUUCAAAAAAUGACCGCCGAAACAGCUAAAGAUCAAAAAGAUCAAAGCUUAGCCGUUGCAAUGUGUCGAGCUUGUCUUACGGAUAGCAAUGAAUACAAGCCAUUGCACAGGGAAGGUAUUAUUUUUGGUGAAUUAACCACAUUGGGUACUUUGCUAAGUUUUUGUUCUGGGUUGGAACUUAACGAGGAAGACUUACUGCCUGAUAAUCUGUGUUCCCAAUGUGUCAAGGAUUUGGCGAUUUCCUACCUAUUCAAGAAGAAAGUCUUGAAAUCGAAUGAUGUAUUGCGGUCCCAAUUACUCGACGUUGAGGAGGAUACCGACGAGGUAUGCAAAGCACCUAACAAAGUAACUGAUAAGCAGCAAAAGCGGGAAACCACUAAAAAUAAGAAUGAAGCCAAUGAUAAACAAAAAGACGAAGAGGCGACUAGAAAUUGUGAAUCUGAGACAGAUCUUAAAGAAUUGGCCGAAGCUGCACAAAUGAAAAGAGAAUUGGAAGCCCAGCUUUAUGAGACAGCAGAAGAGGACUAUACAGAAAUUCGCAAUGAUGUGGACAGUGAACAAAUUGAACAUGAGCAUAUGGAUGAAGAUGAUGAUUUAUAUGUUGUGCAAGAGGUAGCUGAAACAACAGAAAUUUAUCAUACAACCGAAAUAGAAGAAGGCCACGAGAACGACCAACAUCAGGAGCAUACCGAAGAACACACUAUUGUUGAUAUUGAAGAGGAAACCCAUGUACAACAAGUAGACGAGGACGAAGAGGAAGUUGCCUUCGAAAUUCAUAUGACCAGUAAUUUAGAUGAAGAAUAUCAUGAAAUAAUUACAUCUGAUCCUGUGUCAACUAUAAGUCAAGAUGAUUCGAAAAAUAGUUAUGGCGUUAAAAGAAACUAUGAACGAAAGCUGGUACAUAAUUAUGAAUCAUCGGACAGUGGACAACCCUCAACGACUGUGAAAAGAGUACGAAACAGGAACAAGUCAACCAAUAAAACGCCAAAUCCAGAUUUUCGAUGCAAGAUUUGCGGCAAGCAGCUGAGCAACUCCAGUUCAUUUAAAUAUCACAUGCAAUUACAUUCAGAUGAAACACCAUUUAGCUGUGAAAUAUGUGGAGAACGUUUCAAAACCCGAAACGCCUAUGAUGGUCAUAGAGCAACGCAUGAUCCCAAAAAUACGUGUGAACUAUGCGGGAAAGUAUACCGUCAACCUUCAUCGCUACGACUACAUAUGUUAUCGCAUACGGGUGAAAAACCAUUUAAGUGUGAUAUUUGUGGGAAAUGUCUGACACAAAAAUCCGGCUAUAAGAAACAUAUGCUCACGCACACAGGAGAAAAACCUUAUCCAUGCGAUAUUUGUGGCAAAUCAUUCCGAAUUUCAAGUAAUAUGUUAGUACAUCGUCGUAGUCAUUUGGGUGAAAAAACUUUUGGCUGCCCUAAAUGUGCCAAACUGUUUGGUACAAUGGAACAAUUGAAGAGACAUAUGUUGGUACAUACCGAAGACACACCGUUUCCGUGCGAUAUCUGUGGCAAGCAAUAUAAACGACAGUCAACUUUAAAGGUCCACAUGUCCACGUGUGGAGAAAAUGUCUAAUAUCUAAAAUUACAUUCUAAGUUAGAAAGCAUGUUAUUGUUAUAAAUGUACAUUUAAUAAAUUAGAAGUAUAUUUUUUUAAGUGUUAAUAUGUUCGUUGUUUUGUAACUAAAACAUCGUGUUUAAUACAAAUAAUGAUACUGGUUCCAUUCGAUUUGUAUAAUUGGGAUUUGAUAUACUUUCGUGGUAUUUUAUUGUGAAAUAUAUUUCUUCGACCCUUUUGAACGUA